AUGGCGGCUGCCGCGUCUGCCGGCUCAUCCCCUCGACCAAAGGCGGCUCCGUCGCCCCAGCAUCCACCGACGGGCAAGAAGCAGCCCACGGUCGGCCAGCUUCUCCGCCUCCCACCGCAAUGGCUGUCUCUGUACGACGACUUCAUCGCCAAGAACGCGGGCCAGGUUUCGCAGAUUGAGAGCGCGCUGCGGAGCCUCACCUACAUAAUACCUGGCCGCUUCCGCGAUGCCGAGAUUGCGUCCGAGUCGAUCCAUUCGGGCGUCCAGCUCUUGUCCCUCUACCACGACAGCCUCCUCUCGCGCGCCGUCUCGAAGCUGCCGGUGCCGCCAACCCGGUCCGGUCACGCUCGCUACACCCGCUUCUGGGCGCAAAAGAGCACAAUCUAUCGGCGGAUCGCCAUCGUUCUGCAGAUGGUCGUCUACACCGAGCUCCUCUGCGAAAUGUCAGCCAAGCGCCGCGGCGGGGAAAGGUCCCGGUGGAGGGUCGUCGUGCUCCUCGAGGCCAUCAAGGCCGUCUGCCGUCUGCUUCUGCUCCGCAUCACGGGUUCGCGCCCUCUCGUGACGCCGGCUCUGCCGGAGCGCGAACCGAUCCCCGAAGGCGACGACGACGAGCCUUCGGCGCUCGAGGAGCAGAGCUCUCCGCGGAGCGAGAGUGAGCUCAUGGACGACGUUGCGCCCGAGAGUGCCGCCGCGAGAGACAUGGACGGCCGCGGCCCCGAGAACGCACGACCGCCUCACGAGCGCGAAUGGUUCAUGCCCAGGACGGGCAUGAGCCUUCCGUCGCUUCCCGACUCGAGCGACAUCAACUCCUAUCUGCUUGGCCGCGUCCUCACCGCCGACGACAUCAAGCCUGCGACGAAGCUCCUUCACGAGGUUCAAGGCAGCGCCCAGGCCGCCGAGAUGCUUCACAUUCUCGCGCCCCUCGUCUACGCCAUCGCCCUCGCGCGAAGCCGCAACAAGAAGUCGUGGACCCCGUGGCUCGUCGGCUUGACUGUCGAGUAUGCGGCCCGCCAGCUUCGUGACCGCAGCCUGCGAGCCACGACGCUCGAGCGGGACGAGUGGAACAAGAGGGGAUGGGCCAUGGGCUGGUGGACGAUGCGCGGCGCCUUUUACCACAACGUCACCAAGAACAUCGUGGGCGGCGUGACGAGGAGGAUGCCAGGCUUCGUCGCCGGCAUUCUCGAGGAUUACGAGUACCUGUGGGAAAACUACUACUUCAGCACGAGCGCCUGA